UCGUGAUUGCAGCUUUUGGGAAAAGGUCACCGAUAUGGCUGAAAACAGCAACAAAAUCAAGGCAUGGGAAGGCUACAAUUACGAAGCCCGGGGUCCCGAUUUAUGGGAUUUAACAGGGGUGUUCGGAGGAUAUUGUGCAGUUCGUAUAUACUAUCAUGCGAGAAAACGACCUGUUACCUCUCUAGUUGGUAUGGCAACAGUUACGAGUUGUAUGGUAACAGGAAUUGUACUUGGUAGAGUAUCGAGAAUAGUGAGAGAAAAAUAUUUCAAGAAGAGGCAAGUGUUUGUUGAGGAUUACGUGGCUGCACAUCCAGAGCAGUUUGUUUCAGAACCCCAACCAAAAUUUAAAGAUGUAAUAUGGAAAUGGAGUCCAGUUCGUUGAUACAGAGAGAGAAAAAUGGGAUAUAAUAAUGAUAUCUAGAAUAUCGCUAUCUAGAACUUUAUGAAAGGUUGACACUCUUUUCAUUGUUAGAAGUAUGUGUGCUUAAACAUAAGACUACCAGUAGAGCUAAAUGUUUUCCAUUCAUAAUGUGUGUUAAAAAGUAUAAAAUAUAAUUGAAAUUAAAUUUUUCUAAAUGAUAGAUAUUAAAUUUUUCAAAAUUG